GCCGCGCGGAACUCGCCGGGUACGUCGGGCGCCAGUUCCCUGCGCUCCUCCCGGGACUGCCUGGGGACCCGGGCCCUGUUGGGCGCAGCGGUGAGCAGAGCCGCGGGCAGGAGGCGCGCGCUCUGGGCAGCGCCGGGCCUUGGGCAUGGACAGAGGGAGCUCAGAGCGCAGGGGGCGCGGCGGGUCCGGGCGGCCGGAGCGCUGAGCCAGACAAAGGCUCAGGAGUUGCGCUUGCUCUCGGGAGCCGGGCGCUGGGCGCCGACGCUGCGGGACCCUGCGGCCCGCGGCUCCGGCCCGGCCCCCUCCCGCGGGCCGGCUCCGCGCGCCGGGACCUGCCCCUGCCCGCUUCUCCUCGCGCUUGGGAAUUUGCCGAGGGGACCUGAGCGGCUCCAGCAAGGACCUAGAGCCAGAGGUCCGCCGCGCGCCCGCCGGGCCGGAGCCAGGGAGCGUCGCAAGUUUUCUAGCCGCGCACGGGGACCCGGCACCCGCGAGCAAAGGAGCCCGGCGUGCAGCGCUCCAGACCAGACUAGGCGCCGAGAGCAUGGGCAGCGACSGGAGCGCGUCCGGACGGCCGAGCGGCGCGGGCAGCCUCCUCGGCGGUCGGGAGGCAGCUGCACGGCCCCGGCUGCUGCUGCUGCUACUGGUGCUUCUGRGCUGCCUGGGCCGCGGCGCAGCCGCCGAGGACGCAGAAAUCCACGCAGAGAACUGGCUGCGGCUCUAUGGUUACCUGCCCCAGCCUAGCCGCCACAUGUCCACCAUGCGCUCCGCCCAGAUCCUGGCCUCGGCCCUUGCGGAGAUGCAGCGCUUCUACGGGAUCCCUGUGACGGGUGUGCUGGACGAAGAGACCAAGGCGUGGAUGAAGCGGCCCCGUUGUGGGGUGCCAGACCAGUUUGGGGUGCGAGUGAAAGCCAACCUGCGGCGGCGGAAGCGCUACGCCCUCACCGGGAGGAAAUGGARCAACCACCACCUGACCUUCAGCAUCCAGAACUACACCGAGAAGCUGGGCUGGCACCACUCGCUGGAGGCCGUGCGCAGGGCUUUCCGUGUGUGGGAGCAGGCCACACCCUUGACCUUCCAAGAGGUGCCCUAUGAGGACAUCCGGCUGCGGCGGCAGAAGGAAGCCGACAUCAUGGUACUCUUUGCCUCUGGCUUCCACGGUGACAGCUCGCCAUUUGAUGGCAUGGGCGGCUUUCUGGCCCACGCCUAUUUCCCUGGCCCUGGCCUGGGUGGGGACACCCAUUUCGACGCAGAUGAGCCCUGGACCUUCUCCAGCACUGACCUGCAUGGGAACAACCUCUUCCUGGUGGCCGUGCAUGAGCUGGGCCACGCGYUGGGCCUGGAGCACUCAAGUAACCCCAAUGCCAUCAUGGCCCCCUUCUACCAGUGGAUGGACACAGACCACUUCCAGCUGCCCGAGGAUGACCUCCGGGGCAUCCAGCAGCUCUAUGGCACCCCAGAUGGCCAGCCACAGCCCACCCGGCUUCUCCCUACCGUGACACCCCGGCGACCAGACCACCGACCUCCUCGGCCCCCCCAGCCACCUCCCCCAGGCGGGAAGCCAGAGAGGCCCCCAAAGCCGGGCCCCCCUGCCCAGCCCCGAGCCACAGAGCGGCCUGACCAGUACGGCCCCAACAUCUGCGACGGGGACUUUGACACAGUGGCCAUGCUUCGUGGGGAGAUGUUCGUGUUCAAGGGCCGCUGGUUCUGGCGAGUCCGGCACAACCGUGUCCUGGACAACUACCCCAUGCCCAUUGGCCACUUCUGGCGUGGUCUGCCCAGCGACAUCAGUGCUGCGUACGAGCGCCAGGAUGGCCGUUUUGUCUUUUUCAAAGGUGACCGCUACUGGCUCUUCCGAGAGGCGAACCUAGAGCCUGGCUACCCACAGCCGCUGACCAGCUAUGGCCUGGGCAUCCCCUAUGACCGCAUCGACACGGCCAUCUGGUGGGAGCCCACGGGCCACACCUUCUUCUUCCAGGAGGACAGGUACUGGCGCUUCAACGAGGAGACUCAGCACGGAGACCCCGGCUACCCCAAGCCCAUCAGCGUCUGGCAGGGGAUCCCCGCUUCCCCCAAAGGGGCCUUCCUGAGCAACGAUGCAGCCUACACCUACUUCUACAAGGGCACCAAGUACUGGAAGUUCGACAACGAGCGCCUGCGGAUGGAGCCCGGCUACCCCAAGUCCAUCCUGAGGGACUUCAUGGGCUGCCAGGAGCAGGUGGAGCCCGGACCGCGCUGGCCUGAUGUGGCCCGUCCACCCUUCAACCCUGAUGGGGGUGCGGAGCCCGGGGUGGACGGGGACAGUGCAGAGGGUGGCGCGGGGSAUGGGGCGGGGACAGAUAAGGACGAGGACGGGGGCAGCCGCGUGGUGGUGCAGAUGGAGGAGGUGGCGCGGACGGUGAACGUGGUCAUGGUGCUGGUGCCGCUGCUGCUGCUGCUCUGCGUCCUGGGCCUGGCCUACGCCCUGGUGCAGAUGCAGCGCAAGGGUGCGCCCCGCGUGCUGCUCUACUGCAAGCGCUCCCUGCAGGAGUGGGUGUGACCGCCCUCCCUGCCCGGUGCUGGGGGGCCGGGUGGCACUGUGGUCCCCAGGCGGCUCCCUGGGGCACCCCAGCAAGCAACAACCGUGGGGUCCCUCCAUCUGCACWCCUGUCCUGUCUGUCCUUUAUGUAUGCCUAGGGAUGUUUUUUUAAUUGGCACCUUAACUGAGCAUUCGUUCCCUUCCUGACCAGAGCAGAGGGCUUAGCAUUUUCUAAAUGUUCUUCUGCGCCAGUCAGGGGAGCCAGCCCUCAUCCAUCUGUGGCUUGGCCACAGUCAGAGGAGCAAGGGACAGAGACCCACCUCUGGGAGGUGGCGUAAGGGUGGUGGAACUUGUUCCAACCCUGGCCCUACCCAGGGGCCCUGUUUGUCUUGAAGGGACCUAGCUGGGUCCCCACCUUCCUGAGUCUCUGCCUGAGGAUGAGCUUUUCACCCUGGGGCAGCCCCCAGCCAGGAGCAGUCCACUGGCCUCUGAGUCACAUCUCACCUCCUCCCCAGCCCCCACACAGACAGCCCCGGCAGCCUGCUCCCCAUCCCCUGGUCAGCUGGCAGCUCCCACAUCCCCUCGGGCCGCACCUCCUUCCCUCUUGGGAAGGGGCCCUGGGCCUGCCUCACCAAGGACCAAAGGGAGUCUGCCAAGGGCCUCCCCCAGCACCACCACUGACCUCGCCCCAGCCUGGACGUCCGUCUCUCAGCCGUGACCCAUCUGCUCCCUCCCUGGGCCCCCCACCCUCUCCCUCUCCCUCUCACACCACAUCCUCAGGGGCCUGCGCCAGUUUCAGGCUUCUGCUGCCAGUGUCCCCAACCCUGGCAGUGAGAGGGGAUUGGCCAGUGCCUAGGCUGGGACAGUGAGUACCAGACAGGUGCCCGCAGGAGUGGGGUGCCCGCAGUGCUACAAGUCAGGCUUCGGGGUUCCCUUGACUCCAGCUCCCUCUCCCCAGGGGACACAGGCCAGCAGCUUUUCCCCCACGAGAGCCCCCGGUGGCCGGGCAGUUCUCCUGGGCUCGGCCUGGGGGUGGACGGGUGUUCCUCUACUCUUUUCCUUCCCAAAGUCAGCAGGAGGCUGAAGCUGCUGUGGGAAAUGGUACUGUACAGCCGGCUCCGUCCCCUCUGCUCCCCCCAGGAUCCCUGAGGGCACUGGGGGCGGGGAGGGGGCGUUCUGCCAGCCUCUCUUGACCUGGUGCUGAGUGCGAGUCCAAGAGCUGCCCCCAGUCACGAUGACCUCUGCAGAACCGGAGAGCCAGCGAGGGGUGGGCGUGGAGGGCUGGGUGUCCACCCCCUCUGUAUAUUUCUGCAAAUAAUCUGCACUGAUUAAAUAUA